CUGCAGCUGCUCUGCUGACUCAUGUGCCCCAGCAGCCAGCAGGAGCUGGGAGCAUGGGCUCCCCAGGGCUCUUGGCAGACUGGGGGCUUCUGGAUUACAAGACUGAGAAGUAUGUGAUGACCAGGAACUGGCGGGUGGGCGUCCUGCAGAGGCUGCUGCAGCUCGGGGCUGUGGUCUACGUGGUAGGGUGGGCCCUCCUCGUCAAGAAAGGCUACCAGGAACAGGACCUGGACCCCCAGAUUUCCGUUAUCACCAAACUCAAAGGCGUCUCUGUGACCCAGAUCAAGGAGCUGGGGAGUCGGCUGUGGGAUGUGGCUGACUUCGUGAAGCCGGCGCAGGGGGAGAAUGUGUUCUUCUUGGUGACCAACUUCCUUGUGACGCCAGAACAAGUUCAGGGCAGGUGCCCAGAGCACCCCUCCAUCCCGCUGGCUAGCUGCUGGGCCCACGAAGACUGUCCUGAAGGGGAGACAGGGACACACAGCCAUGGCAUAAAAACAGGCCAGUGUGUGGUGUUCAAUGAGACCCACAGGACCUGUGAGAUCCAGGGUUGGUGCCCAGUGGAGAGCGACACUGUGCCCACGAAGCCCCUACUGGUCCAGGCCGAGAACUUUACACUGUUCAUCAAAAACACCGUCACUUUCAGCAAGUUCAACUUCUCCAAAUCCAACGCCUUGGAGACCUGGGACAACACCUAUUUCAAGCGCUGCCGAUAUGACCCCCACUCCAGCCCCUGCUGUCCGGUGUUCCGCAUUGGGGACCUCGUGGCUGCAGCUGGAGGGGUCUUUGAGGACCUGGCCUUGCUGGGCGGUGCUAUAAGCAUCCAUGUCCUCUGGGAUUGCAACCUGGACACCGGGGGCUCUGACUGCCAACCCCACUACUCCUUCCAGCUGCAGCAGAGGAGCUACAAUUUCAGGACAGCCACUCACUGGUGGGAAGCCUCAGGCGUGGAGGCCCGGAGCCUGCUGAAACUCUAUGGGAUUCGCUUUGACGUCAUCGUUACUGGGCAGGCAGGGAAGUUUGGGCUCAUCCCCACGACCAUCACUUUGGGCACCGGAGUAGCUUGGCUGGGCGUGAUCACCUUCUUCUGUGACCUGCUGCUGCUGUACGUGGAUGGAGAAGCCCAUUUCUACUGGACAAACAAGUAUGAGGAGGCAAAGGCCCCGAAGGUGACCGCCAGCCCUGAGCAAACAGAGCCGGCCUCUUCACCCCCGACCCAGGCUGCCCAUGUGGCUUAGAGGCGGCCCAGCUCCUGCCUCAAUGGCCACUGCUUCUCAGAGCCAGACGCUGAUGCCAGGGUGGUCCUGCCCGGGCUCUGGCCCCCACUCGCUGGCCCAUUCUUGAAGCCAGUAACCAUUUCCUGUGGCUGCAAAGGGUGGGUCCCACCUGGGGGACCUCAUGGAUGAAGCCCCUGCAGAACCAGGGUGGGGCGUGUGGGGAGAAUUCUACUGUCAACUCCCAGGCAGACUGUCCUUCCCCUGACUCCAGCUUUGGAGCAGUGCUGCCUGGGGAGUGACAGAAGCCAGUCUUGCAUAGAGAUCUGCAGUGGAACAGGAGCCAUGGAGAAGGGGAGGGCCCUGGGCACCGCAUGGCAAGGCACUGGUCCGGUGGGGCUCUUGCUCUGUCUGUGUCUAGAGAACUUUCUCCCAGGCUCUGUCCCCAGUGCUCCCAGCAGUAGCCCGCUCACCAGCUGCCAGCACUGACCCUCUCACAGACUGUAGCCAACUCCAGCCCUGCCUGGCUUCUAGCCUUCCUCCCCUUGCCAGCACCCCCAUCCCAGGUAGAGCCCCCACCCUCUCAGCGGUGCUGCACUGGGCGCUGCAGUGGCCCUGGGCAAUCUCUCCUGUGCAAUGAAACCACCCUCAUACAUUGGCGAGUGAGUGCAUAGCUUUGGGGAAUGUUCUGUGAAUUAGAAAAACUCAUGCUGGCUGUUCUGAGCCUGUAGCUAUAGUCAGUGUUCAGAAAGGAGGCAAGCCGACUCCUGGGGACAACCCACUAGGGCACCUCAGAUGCCAGAGGCAGCCCCUCCUAGCCUAGGAGUACCCAUUAGGCCUGGAGGACCCUGGGAACCACAACAGCAGCCUCCCAUUCAUGGAUAAUCAGUGAGAGGUACCUACUCCAUGUCCUGAGCAGCUACUCCAUGCCAGUCCCUGUGUCCCCAUGGCUUUCCCAACCUCCCCUCAGGCUUAUUUAUUCCUGGGGCUGAGGCCUCUUGGUCCUUCUGCUCUUCUUACUUAAUUGAAAGUGAAAAAGUUGGUGUGACAAUGUGUUAACUUGUUCACAGCAAAAUGAUGACAAUCCAUCCAAACAAAGCAAAACCAAAACAGAUGUCCUCUUCCCCCAGAACUUUAUACGUGUCCUCAGGUUUAUAUGUGGUUUGUGGAAUAGAAUUUAGGGGCACCUGCAGCCUGUCUGGCUCCAUGGGAUGCUGAUAGGAUGAUAGGAUAGUGGACUCCCAGACAAGAUGGUGCCACCUAGAACACCGUGCCUUGGCCAUCCCCUUGGUCCCUUCUGAUAUUUGCCUGAUGUUGUCUUGAGGAACUUCUUAAAUGGAGAAUCCCACUUUCUGCAGGAAUGACAAUUCCCUUAACCUGCUCCCAUGUGGCCUAAACAUAAAAUGUUCCUUGUUCUGAAAUGCCUUCACAAAAAUCUAGAAAAAAUGCAUUUCAAGCCAAGAGACUUGGACAGUUUUGUGACAGGAGCUCCCCUAAAGCCUAACCAAUGAUCACCUGAGAGCUAGUGUGCAGUGUUUUGGAGCACUGACGUUUUAUCUAGCAGGAGAAGGGUUCCCACUCACAGGCAGCUACAGUGGAUAUACGAGCAUGGAUGGCACAGUGAAAUGUAAACUUCCAGGGAUAUGGAGGGGCCAGUGCUGGGACCCCACUGAACAAGGCAGUUACACAGAGCAAAUCCAUGAAGAUGUGAUGACGCGAAAGCACAUUGGAGAGGAAGAAGUAAACUAUCUCUAGUCACAGACGACAUGAUCUUUUGUAUAGAAAAUAUUAAGGAAUUCAUACCAAAAAUAUUGAAACCAACAAGUUCAGCAAAGGUGCAGGCUACAAGAUAAAUAGACAAAAAUCAGGGGAUCUAAUGUAUAACAAAAUGACUAUAACACUGGGUUGUAUAGUUUAAAUUUGCUAAAGAGUGGAACUUAAAUGUUCUCAUGAAAAAUUUUUAAGUAGAUAAAUGUGUGGGUGUUAAUUAGCUAGAUGGGAAGAAUCCUUUCGAAAUGUGUACAUAUAUCAAAUCAUGAGGUACACUUUAAAUAUCUUACAGGUUUGCCAAUUAUACCUCAAUAAAGCUGAAAAAAUACAAAAAUUGAUUGUAUUUCUCUACACUAGCAAAGAACUAUGGAAAAUGAAAAUAAAAUGAUUCUGUUUACAUAGCAUCAAAAAGAAUAAUUUAUAAAGAUAUUUAGAAUGAUAUGUCAA